AUGGAUGAAAAAGACGUUUUCGGGGCACCAUUUGGUGAUUGCGAGUGUAAUAACACAGGAGUUUGUACACAACAUCACAACGGAAGUUAUUCUUCGCAGGGCAGCGCUUCAUGGACGUUAUUUCAUGUCAUUCCAAACCAGAAUUCACAACAUGCUUUGGAGCGUAUCGGUUGGCAACUAUACUUCCCGAAAAGUGAUAUACGUAUGUCCCGAACAAUAAACCAACGCGUGCAAUACCUGGAGAGACACUACAGGGAAUGUAUUCGCAGUUAUUCCCCAUCGGAAGUGGAGCGCUGCGGUAGCUUUGAAUUUAAGAUUGAGCUCGCCAGAGCCGAUCUUUUUCUAAAGAAUUCGUGGCCAUCGUUUGAAAAUGAUCUUAAAGAAUAUCCGGACUGCACUAUAGCCUGCAUCGGACUUGCCAUGUAUCGUUUUGUAACGAAAUACCGAGAAACUGUACAUUGGCCACCAACGACCGAUUGCGGCUUACCGAAGCUAUAUCCACGUAUAAAUUUCUUUGGCCCUGAGAUUCCAAACGGUACAAUCGAUGUCCGGUACGUAGGCAAGCUGAUAACUAUUCGCGGAACAAUUACACGCAUAAGCCAGCAAUAUGUUAAUGCUACGUGGAGGACCUACAAAUGCAAAAAUUGUACCGAUACAAUAGUUCUGUCGCAGUUCGCCAAAUUGUGGAUAUGUUCGAACUGUCAUAUGGGAGGUGGAAUAGAAUUUAUCAGCACGUCUGUUUGGAAUCGAAGUGAAACCCAGCGAAACAUUACCGUUCACAGAAUGCCACCAUCCUCCGGUACCAGUAAGGCGCUUGAUGUUGUAGUUCCUGAUGGAAUUGUGAAUAACUUAGUGCCCGGAGCUGAUGUGACUAUAACAGGCAUUUUAAAGAUGGUUUCGGCAACAAAAACUGCCGGGAACAUAUACUUGCAAACGGUUUGCAUGUGCAUCAACAGUAGUAAUCCAUGCGAUCGUGCUGUUGAAAAGACGUUCAACGCAAACGACCUUCAAGUCAUCAGAGAAAUUCAAUCUGAAUCAUUUCCAUUUAAGCUACUGGUACAAUCCAUCUGUCCAAAUGUGAAAGGAAUGGAGACUGUUAAAGCUGGUUUGCUUCUAGCUUUAUUUAGCACAAGCUGCGACACACAUGUACUACUAGCUGGUACAGAGAGCAAUAUUUCACGACAGCUACUGGAGCGUUCCGUAUCUGUUUCACCAAAAGCAGUACUGAUAAACGAUUCAAGUCAGAUACAUGAUUUAACUUUGAAGCGUACUCAAGACGGUCUUGUAUAUGUGGUGGCGGGGCCUUUAGUUUUGACAAACUUUGGUCUCUGUGGUAUACCACGAAUCGAUAAACUAGAUAACCUACGUGCAUUGGACAAAAUGCUAAGCGAUGGUGUUAACGAUACAACGCAUGACACUGCAAAAAAUAAUCUGGAAGUUCGGUUUCGAACCACUUUACUAGCUACAGCAUUUCCCGAUCAAGGAAAGUUUGAAGUUAGUAAACCUUUCAUGGACCAGUUCCCCAUUCCAAGAACGUUUAUGGAAAGGUUUGCGCUGGUAUUUCAAACAGAAGACACGCUCGAUCCUGAAGAUGAGCUUGUUUGCUUCAACGGUGUGCGCCUGCAUCCCGAAAAACCUUCAACUGCUAAAUGUAGUGUGGAAAUACCUUUGGUGAGGCAACUUAAGCUGAAAUCUGGUGAUCAUUUCGAUCCAUUGCCUAUUGAGCUGAUGCGGAAGUAUAUAGAUUAUGCCCGUCACCAUUGCAAGCCGGAAUUCACUGAAGAAUCAACAAAACUGUUGGAGAGCUUCUUCUCACAGAUGUUUUCCAUGCCCCAGUGGUUAAAUAUAUCAAACGGAAUGAAAGUUGCCCAAAUCCAGAACAUGGUUCGAGCAAGGGCCAGGAUAGAUCUUUCUGCCGUAAUUACCACUAAGCAUGUGAUGGAUACUAUUAGGAUUGUAAGUCGUAGCUGGUACGACAAGUACGAUACGGACGACCGCGAUCCGUUGGUGAAUUUACCUUCAGUACGGAAACCAACGAAACCGGCCACAAUUCGUCAAUUUCUGGACGUUUUGCGAAGUCACUCUGCCGAGUCAAAAACCAAGUUUUUCACCCUCAAGGAUCUUCGCAUGUUGUUCAAUGAAGUCGGUGUGCCAGGGGUGGCAGACGAAAUCGUAGAAAGGCUCAACAUGCAAGGCUAUUUACUAAAGAAAAGUGCAGGUCGCUACGAAUUGCUUGUUUGA